AGAGUUAGAGUGGCAUAUCCGCAUUUGUGCUUCUCAAUUUUAAAGCCGCAGAGGUUUAAGCUUCGCUUCUCUUCUUCUUCUUCUUCACCCGCGGCUCCUUCCUCUCUAGGGUUUUAGAAACGCCCCCAAAUCUUCAAACCCUAACCCUAAUCGAUUCCCGAUCCCUCUUCCUUCUCACCGGAAGAGCUUGCUAUAACCAUGGAUAGGUACCACCGAGUGGAGAAGCCGAGACCCGAGUCCGCCAUCAAUGAGAACGAGAUCCGGAUCACCACCCAAGGCCUUAUCAAGAACUACAUCACCUACGCUUCUAGCCUCGUUCAGGAAAAACGGAUUGGGGAGAUUGUCUUGAAGGCAAUGGGUCAGGCGAUCAGCAAAACAGUGGCCAUUGCUGAGAUUCUGAAGAAAAGGAUUCCUGGGUUGCACCAAGAUACAAAAAUUAGUUCAGUAAGCAUUACUGAUGUAUGGGAACCAAUUGAAGAGGGCCUUGUACCUCUAGAGAUGACCCGUCAUGUAUCAAUGAUAUCAAUCUCCCUGUCAACCAGAGAGUUAAGCAAAAAUUCACCUGGGUAAUUAAUUUUUUACAAGCCGUUAUUCUGCU